UCUUGUGUAUCACGACCAAUUGUACUGGAGGCAUCAGUAACACAACACUGGUGUUCGCGUUCACACGGAACUAUCGAUAUUUCGCUAAGUUUAAACAUUUUUUAUCGAUAAAAAUGAAUUGUGUUAUUGUGAUUCUGUCUAUCGUUGCUACGGUCUGUGGUAUCCAAUAUGAUGGUCUCAGAGUCAAGUUCGGUUGGACGGACGCCUUAGCGGACAUGGAGUACUUCUUCAAGAUCCCUCGCACCAUCGCCGAGGUGGAGAACGAGGGUUGGCUACGGACGGAGAGGCCACCAGGUCCACUGCCAGAGCUGAGGAUGUACUGUCCUCCCGGGAGAGGGGUCUGCCCUCUGUACGAUACGGCCGGCUUUGUGGCUGGGCUUAUGGUUGCUAUUCCAGUGGAAGACUUCGUAUCUGUGGUGAAGCCUGAGAAGAAGUUCAUCAAAUGGUCGGCACCAGCUGCUGAAGGGGAACCAGCUAAGGACUACUGGACGGCCACGCAGUACUUUGUCUCUGAAGAUUAUGUGUUUUCCUUAGAAUCUCUGAAGGCGGGUGCGGGCCCACAAGUGGAGAAUGGAGCCACAUUACAAGAUGGGGGUGUUUGGGUAGCUGGCCAUGACUUACGACUGAUGAGGAUACCGAGCACCGAAGCAGAGCUCAACAGUACCACCUUCAAGAAACAGAACUGCAUUCCUAAUAUGGGUACCCAUUAUUACUACAACAUGACUCGUGAUCUGAACUGUGAGGAGUUGCUUCCAUGGUUUGCGCUGACCACACAGGGUGAUCUGGUCGGUACUGGGUUCCAAGUGAUUGGUAAAGUGACUAAACGAAAGCAGAGGGAGUGGUUCGAGUCUAUACCGAACCCGAAGCAGAGUAUACAGGUGACGAUUCCUUUCGCACCAGACUGUUUGGGAGAUUGGGGUGAGAAGUAUGGAGUCAUAUCGAUGCACAUCUACUUCGUCAACGAUCCCUGGAAUAUUCAGUGCAAGUCUGGAGACUCCAUCAAGCCAGCCCCGGCAAUAGACCGUCUUCUUCUCAACGGCUACAGAUACGCUAACCAAAUAUCAGACGAAGUUUAUAAGCUAUUUAGUGGAUAAACUUAUACCUCUAGUAGUUUUAAGAUGUCAUAGAAUUGGGGACUUGACUCCAGUAAUC